CACUCACCUAGUACAUCACAUAUAAACUUGUCAGAGGUAAGGCAAAAACGAUAGAGAUAUAUAUGGUGAUGACGAUGGAUGUGAAGCUUAUGGUUGUUGUGCUGCUGCUGCUCCUCUGCUCCGCCGUCGCGUUGCAGAAAUGCGACGAGGACGACGAGGCGGCGCUUCUGGCCAUGAGCGACGCGCUGGGCAAGCCCCCCUACCACUCGUACGACGUCGGCUGCGACCAAGACUCCGGCCGCGUCGUCUCCCUCUCCGUCUUCCAGGACGCCAACCUCACCGGCGCCAUCCCCGACGCCAUCGCCAACCUCACCCACCUCCGCACCCUCGUCCUGCGCCACCUCCCCAACCUCUCCGGCGCCAUCCCCGACUCCCUCGCCGCGCUCACCGGCCUCUCCCAGCUCACCAUCUCCUGGACCGCCGUCUCCGGCCCCGUCCCCUCCUUCCUCGCCGGCCUCACCUCGCUCACGCUGCUCGACCUCUCCUUCAACUCCCUCACCGGCGUCAUCCCCGCCUCCCUCGGCGCGCUCGCCAACCUGUCCGCCAUCAACCUGAGCCGCAACCGCCUCGCCGGCGCCAUCCCGGCGGGGCUCUUCGCCAACCUGCAGCAGCAGGAGGCGUACCUCCGGCUGUCGCACAACAACCUGUCGGGGAGCGUGCCGGCGGACCUGGCGGAGGUGAGGCUGGCGGUGGUGGACGUGUCGCGCAACGCGCUGAGCGGCGACGCGACGGCGGUGCUGGCGCGGGCCAAGUACGUGGACCUGUCGCGCAACGGGUUCAGCUUCAACAUGUCCGGCGUGGUGCUGGCGGAGGAGGCGUACUACGUGGACGUGAGCCACAACGGCAUCCGCGGCGGCAUCCCGGCGCAGGUGGCCAACCUCACCGGCCUCCGCACCUUCAACGUCAGCUACAACCGCCUCUGCGGCGCCAUUCCCAACAUGGCCUCCUCCUCCUUCGACGCCUUCUGCUUCCACCACAACAAGUGCCUCUGCGGCGCUCCUCUCCCUACACCCUGCCCUCCAUAGACUAUACAUCAAACUAAACUAUAUACUAGGCUACCUCUAAUUACUUACUCAACAUAUAUAUUAAUGCAUGCAUGCAAUAUCCUAUAUAUUACCGUGCUACGCUUUAAUUAGUCCAUCUUAAUUAAUUAAGCACACAUAUGUAUGCUCAAAAGUGUAGUGUGCUGUGCUACGAGUGGUAAUAAUUGUAUGGAGCAAGUGUGGAGAGAGCAAUAUAUGCAUAUAUAAAUGAACUUGAAAGAUAAACAUGU